AUGAGUAUCUUUCAAGGGGCCAAUGGGAUCUCGAUUGGACAGGGCACGUUCAAUGUGGUUACGGGAAACCAGACAAAUAAUAAUAAUAUCUACAAUCACUAUAUUGCUGAGGAGAAGAAGAAACGUAGGAUAUAUGAUGAGUUCCCUGAUAUCCAACGUGGACUUGUUCACCGACUCAAGGACCUUGAUUACAAAAAUUAUUUUUUAUGCUGGAAUGAUAGGCUUAACAAACAAGAAGUAGAGUUUAUGGUGGAGAGAACAAUUAGCACCGCCAAAAUCCAUGGUGACAGCUCAACUUAUACAGUGGUGUCAUAUAAAGGGCAGGAUGCACAAAAGGCAUGGAAAAAGGAGUUUCAACAGUUCUCUGAGACUACAAAUACAACAAAGAUGCAACUGUUUGGAAUUAACCAGUCAAGAAUACCUCUGUUGAUAUUCUAUGGAGAACUUGUGCCUCUCGCCCAUUUGUCUGAUAGGCUUGGACCAUUUGGACAAGCUUAUACACGGACAUUGUCGCUUAACAUGGAGUGUGGAGAAUCUGAGAUGUGGAUAAAUCCUGCACAAGGAACUCUUGUUCAUGGAUUGCAGUUGCCCGAAUUCAGUCAAACUUAUUCAAUUGUUGAGAUCCAUGGAGAUCAGCACGAGUUAUAUCUAACUCAUUCAAGCUUCUCUGCUGUUGAGACACUGCCACCAAGUGUUGAACUUCUUGAUGAAGAUGUUUGCUUCCGCUAUUUCUCUCAGUUGCCAUUGAAUAAGGAUUUGGACAUAGACGUCAUUGACGUGUUCCACCUUAUUUCUGACAUACAAAGAGAGAGGUCUCCAAUCAUCAACCAACCCUAUGUCUUUUCUAGUAAGACAAAUUCCAUAAUUGCAGUUGGAAGAGAUGAAUGGGUUGGAUAUGGCUGCCUUGACAACCAAGUAUUGAUGCCAGAUGGAAGAAUCAGAUUCACUCUUGGAGACAAAGCCUCAGUUUUUGUUUUAAAAACCAAUACACAAGGUGAUAGACGUGCCUGGUUCUCACAGGCUUCAAGUGUCUUUCAUAGACUUGGAAUAUCAUUGGAUGAAGCCUCAGCUUACAGUGAGCCUGCUUCAAAGAAUCUCAAACCAAGCUAA